AUGUUGGUCGCGUUUUCCUGGGUCCCUAAGGGCGCUAUGAAGCCCACUUCAAUUCUCUCCACGGACACGAUUAGUCAAGCGCGUGCGAAGCUUCAGCAUCAAAAUCCAGAAUAUGUUGAAGAGAGCAAGCAAGCGAAUCGUCGAGGUCAGAAGGAGUUAAAAAAACAGAGGUCUCCACGGGCUGCUGAUCGUGGCUCUCGCCGUCAUGGCAAGCAGCAAUGCAGUGGGCUCGAUUCAGGCAAUGAGGAGGAUGACGAUGAUAGCGACGAGGGGGAUAACACUGUGGUGAACGAAAUGCUGCGGGAUAUCGCUGGUGGAGGUACUGAUGCGAUUUUGGAAGACAUUGCGUCGGAAGAUGAAGACGAAAUCGAGGAUACAAGAUUCAAGGACACUGAUCUAGUUUUUACUGUCGGUUGCGCGGACACUGAAAACCCACGUGUGGAGCUCUACACGUAUGAUGAGCCUGAGGACAACAUCUUUCUUCAUCAUGACAUGGAAAUUGCGGCGCUGCCGCUAUGCAGCUCGUGGCUCACUGACGGCUCCAUGUCCAUGUUAGCCGUCGGGACGAUGCUGCCCUUCAUUGAGGUAUGGGCGUUGGAUGUGAUGGACUCAGUGGAGCCAGCCAUUUUCCUCGGUGGAUGCAAGGAGGUAGCUAAAAACUACAACAGCAAAAAUAUUAGAAAACACUUAAAAGAAGAGUCACACACGGAAGCAGUGCUAGACGUCAAGUGGAACACCAUCGCGCAAAAUAUUCUCUCCUCGGGAAGCGCGGAUCACACCAUCAAGCUAUGGGAUUUGAACACGGCGACUUGUCUGGGAACCUACGCAGAGAAUGAAAAGGUGCAGUCCCUGGAUUGGCAUCCAACAGAGGCGAACCAGAUGCUUUCAGGUGGGUUUGACUCGUCAAUGGUGCUGCGCGAUUGCCGCUACCCACAGCAGCCUGCUCUGCGCUUCACGUUGCCCAGCGUUGUAGAGCAUGUGGAAUUCUUCCCCCAUGGGGGGGAGGCUCCGGAGGCGGGAAUCGUCAUGGCCUCUACGAGCAAAGGUGAGUGGGCCGCUUUCGACACUCGCAAUGCCACCCAACCGCUGUGGCAUCUGAAGCCUCACAAGGGUGAGGUGGUGUUCGCCUGUUCGCGUCACGUGCGUGGACUUUGUGCGACGGGUGGAAAGGAUGGGAAGAUAAGCCUUUGGGAUUGUCGUCAGAUCGGGUUAGAGCCGACUUUGUGUGUUUCGCGGAACUACCGCACGGGGGAUAUCUUCUCCAUCGCGUUUCAUCCAAAUUCGCCGCACAUUCUUGGGGCGUGCGGUGCAGCUGGCGAGCCGUUGGUGUACACUAUGACAGAUGAUAUCUAUCCUGUGUUUAAGAGCUCAUAG